UUUACAUGUCAAAAUUGACAUUCAUUUUGAGUAAUCUGUGUUCACCAAACAAUCCAAAAAUAUUUUUUAUUCUAUGCUUUUAAAAACAAUAUAAUACAAUGUAUAAAUCGAAAGCUAAAAACAAGAGAAGCAAAUACUCAGUCGGCGAUAAAGCAAAAGAAACUUUGAAUAGCCUAUCUGAAGACAAUCCAGUGUUGUUAAUGUUCAGAGAAUAUGGCAAAACAUUGGACGACAAACACGAUAGAUACGAGAGAAUAGUAAAACUCAGCCGUGAUAUAACAAUAGAAUCUAAAAGAAUCAUUUUCCUUCUACACAAUGUGAAUACCGACCUAGAUGACAAGAGAUUGAAAGUAAUAGAAGAAGCAGAACAACGGCUACAAACCGUAAUCGACACUCAACUCAAAGCUGUGGCAUUGGAGCUCAAAGACCAAGAUAGCUAUCAGUAUCACAAAGCCUACACUGCCGGGUUACAAGAGUUCAUCGAAGCGUUUGCAUUCUGCAGCUACAUCAAGGAAGAAACUGUGAAGAAUUGGAAAACUAUGGACGGUUUGUUUCGAUACGAAAGCGAAGAAAAACAGCCCGUUUCAUUGGUGUUCCCUCACGUGGAUUUCAUACUAGGCCUGGCCGAUUUUACCGGUGAACUAAUGAGGAGGAGUCUGAAUAAUUUAGGCAUGGGAAACGUGGAGGAAUGUUUCAAAUUGUGCAAUUUCGUUAGACACAUUAAUACAGGCUUUCUGGGUCUUAUGGCUCCCGGGUAUAAAGAAUUGUCUAGGAAGGCUUAUGUGUUACGGCAAAGUUUAACUAAGAUGGAACUCGUUUGCUACAACAUACGAAUUAGAGGCAGCGAAAUUCCAAAGCAUAUGCUUCUCAGUGUCAUAGAAUCGAAUGAUGCCAAUGAAAAUGAAGAUGAAGGAUUUUUUUAAAUCCGGCAAGUUUUGAGUU